UUGUGGGAUAUGUGUCAAUGCCACGUCUUGACAAUUCAUCGAAUAUUUUAGUAUUUAUUCGAUUAUGACAAGACAGUUACGAUAAAAAAGUUUAUAUAAGCUUUUGCAAUUGAUUCAAUACCCCAGAAGUGCACAACCCAUAUAUAUCGAACACGUAUUUUUAAGGGUUCAGCUUCAGUAUGAAGGUGAAAGAAAUAGGUCGUACCGCUAAUAUAGCAUGGUCGCCCCAGCCACAACACCCAGUUUAUAUGGUUGCAGGAACAGCUGCCCAGCAACUAGAUGCCACAUUUAGCACCUCUGCAGCCUUGGAACUGUACAGCUUAAACCUUGGAGACCCUUCACUGGACAUGCCCUUGGUGGCAACCGUACCUUCAGAUUGCAGAUUUCACAAAGUUGCUUGGGGAUGUUACGAUGUAACAGAAGACCUUCCCAAUGGUGUGAUAGUUGGAGGUGCAGACAAUGGUGGGCUGAUGGCUUAUGAUGCCUCAAAGUUCAUCAAGGGAGACCAAGACUGCUUAAUGUUCAAAAAAGACAAACACACUGGUGCAGUGAAGGCACUGGAUUUUAACCCAUUUCAGAAUAAUUUAUUAGUGUCAGGUGGAGCCGAGUCAGAGAUUUUCAUCUGGGACAUGAAUAAUCCAGACAGUCCGAUGACUCCAGGUGCAAAAUCACAGCCACCAGAGGAAGUUACGUGUGUAUCGUGGAACAGACAAGUACAACAUAUCCUGGCAUCCACAUUCACUGCUAGAUGUGUUGUCUGGGAUCUACGCAAAAAUGAACCAAUCAUAAAAGUCAGCGAUAGUAUGUCAAGGAUAAAACCAAAGUUAGUGUCUUGGAACCCAGAGGUGGCUACACAGAUGUGUUUAUCAUCAGAGGAUGACCAUGCACCUGUUAUACAGCUGUGGGAUCUAAGAUAUGCCACAUCACCUGUCAAAGUUUUAGAAAACCAUCAAAGAGGUGUAUUGAGUAUGGCAUGGUGUCCCAAGGAUCCAGACCUAUUGCUCAGUUGUGCCAAGGACAACAGGAUCCUAUGCUGGAAUCCCAACAGCUCUGUACAGAAUGGAGAGGUUGUAUAUGAGAUUCCAACCAGUCAUCAAUGGAGUUUUGAUGUACAGUGGUGUCCAAGGAAUCCAAAUGUUAUAUCUAGCUCAUCAUUUGAUGGCAGUAUCACAUGUUACUCUCUGAUGGGAGGUGGACAUCCCAUUCAACAGACAGACAAGGUGACAGAAUCAUUCCAUUCUUCCGAUCCUUUCACACAAGCCAUGCACAGUCAACAGCAACAACAGCAACAAGAACAGAAUGUCAUGCCAUUACAGAAACCACCUAAAUGGUUGAAGAAACCAGUCGGAGCUAACUUUGGUUUUGGUGGUAAACUGGUUUCAUUUGAGAAUGUGAAACCUCAGAAUCCACAGCAGCCUGUGAGUCGACAAGUUACAAUCAGUCAGGUUCUCACGGAAACAGAUCUGGUAACUGGGUCAUUGCAGUUAGAACAAGCAUUAAACAAUAAUCAGCAUGUAGAAUUCUGUGCUAUGAAAGCAGCAAACUCUGGUGAUAGUAUGCAAGAAAGUAUAUGGAACUUUUUAAUGGUGAAUUUUGAGAAGGAGCCAAGGGAGCGAUACAUUCAGAUGCUUGGAUAUGAUAAGACAGAACUGGCCACAAAGGUAUCUCAGCACACUAAGUCUGAGGGAUUGAAUGAAUCUGUGGGACCUGGAGUAGAUGCCAAUGAACUUGUACAGAAAAUGAACCAGCUUGGAACUGGGGAACCAGGUUUACAAGGUCUGUCAAGUAGUGGAAGGGCCUCACCAAAUGUGGAUUCUAAGACACCUGGGAGCAGAGAUGAACUACAUUUCUCAGAUGGAGGAUCUUCAGCAUUUGAUGAGAUAGGUCAGUCUGGUACUCAAGCUUCCAAGAAAUCUGAAACUCCACUAAGUCUCUCAGCAUCUGAUGAUGCAGAUGGUUUGUUAUGUCAAGCAUUACUGACUGGGAAUUUUGAAGCAGCUGUAGAUAUGUGUCUGUGUGAGAACAAAAUGGCCGAGGCAAUACUGCUGGCUAUAGCGGGAGGACCAGAACUUCUCAGUCGAACACAGCAGAGAUACUUCCAGAAAAAUGGCACAAAUUUAGGCAGGUUGGUAUCUGCAAUCGUAACACAUGAUUGGAGGCAGGUAGUGAACAGCUGUGAAUUGGACAACUGGAAGGAAGCUUUAGCUGUUAUACUCACAUACUCUCCAGCUGAUGAAUUCUCUACUCUCUGUGAUACUUUGGCAGCAAGGUUAGAAAAUGAAGGAAAUGGAGAACUAUCUCCCUAUGCUGGUCUGUGUUAUAUAUGCUCCGGGAAUGUUGAGAAAAUGGUGGAAAAUUGGUUCAAUACGACACAGAGCAGUAACUCACCAAUGGCCUUACAGGAUCUGGUAGAGAAAGUGAUGUUGUUACGUAAAGCAGUUGAGACAUCUAGAGGUCAAGCUCCAGAAAUCACUACUGGUAUCGUAGCUGAUAAAUUGAGUGAAUAUGCUGGUAUUCUGUCUUCACAGGGAUGUUUAGAUACCGCACUGAGAUAUCUUGGUGAAAGUUCAGAGCAUAGCCUAGCAGUAUUGAGGGACAGACUGUAUCAAGCCCUGAGUGUUGUACCCCAAGGAAUGUCAGCCCCACAGUGCCCCUGGCAGAAAGUGAAUGUGGCAGUCCAGCAGCCGGCACCUAGACAACAACAGCCUACUACAUACCAGGCAACAGCUAAUUCUACAUUCAAUACAACUACAACAGGGACAUACACUAGUCAUGGUCAGUAUUCAAACCAGUAUCCAGUCAUGAAUGGUCCCACAGUACCUACAUACAGUGUAAACAAUCCUUUAACUGGACCAACUGGACCCUCGUACAGUAACCCAGCUGGUGCUUCGUCAGUUCCAACAUACGGUGGUCAAGUCACAUCGGGUGCACCCUCAUCACCUACCAACAAAGGGCCGCUUGCUCAUAAGUAUCCCAAUGCAACAACAGGAGGGUAUGGUGGAGCGGCCUCUUCUGGGUAUGGAGUCAACACUUACAAUCCAAUGGAUUAUAACACACAGCCAGUUCAGCCAGCAUACAAUUAUGGAGGACAGUAUCCAACACCAACUGUAUCCCAGCCAUCCGGGGCACCCAGUAACAUGUAUACCAGUGCUACACCAGGAUAUGGUCAGCCUCCUUCAGGUGGUGGUACCCAUCCAAACUUCCACUCGUUCCAAGAUUCCAAACCAGACAAAGCAUGGAAUGAUCCUCCUAUGGUAAUGAAAAAAGACAAGCCAAAGCCCCAGCCAAGUGAUCCUGCCCCAAUCACAAACCCUAUAUAUGGUAGUCAACCCCAGGUACCAGACCAGAGCCAGCCAGGAAGCCAAAUGAACUAUGGAAAUUUCUACAAUCCACAGGAAUACAAGCCAGAACCUCAGAAAUUCUCAACAACACCACAACCUACGUACACUAACGGCCAUGUUGCACCAAAGCCGGCUGCCCCAGAGCCUGUGAAGGAAGUUCCAAAGGCACCUAUUCCAGAAGAACAUAAAGUUUUACAAGAUAUAUUCAAUAAUUUGGUGCAUAAUUGUCAAACAAGAGCAAAUAAUGCUCAAAUGAAGAGAAAACUUGAUGAUGUAAUGAAAAAGCUAGAAAUUCUUUAUGACAUGCUUAGAGAAGGCACAUUAUCGCCUGCAGUUAUUCAAGGUUUACACCAGAUUGUUCAAACUGUACAACAGUAUGAUUAUAACACAGGACUUGCAAUUUAUACACAAAUGGUCAGUCAGGGAAAUUUCUCAGAAAUCAGCAGUUUCAUGCCAGGACUAAAAAUGUUGAUACAGUCGGCAUCACAUCUUCAAGUCUAUGUACAAUGAUAGUGCUCUGUGUUAGGAAAAACUUUCAAAUUUAUGACGGUGUGUGAGGUCUUCAAAUCUGUGUUUGCAAUCAUUAAUCUCUGAGCUAGAUAAUUAUUCAAAGUUACAGCUUCAUGACAAUGCAGUGUAUAUACUGUUAAUAAAUUAUAUAAAGUACACGGUGUACAUAAUGAUUGUGAUCUUGGCUAGGUAACUAUUCAUGACAAUGUAUCGUCUACAAAUCUGUUGAUAUAGUUGAUGACUGCACUUCAUGCCAGAAAACUGUUGAAAUUAUAAGAUAUUUAUUACAAUGCAAUUGGUGUAUAUGAUAAGAAUUAGAGGAAGAAAUUACCUUUUAACAGUUAUUUUCUGUUAUUUGGUACAUCUUUGCUAUUUCGUUAUAGUACAUUUUGCAACAGUCUUCAAGUGGCUUAACUUCUUAAACAUAAAAUCUGUGUUAAUUGUAAAACAAAGAAGCAGUUGCAAUUGUUUCAUGCUGAAGUUGUGAUAUGUAUUUUAGUAAAUUAGAAUGUUUUAUGAAGGCAAAUUCAUAUUAUUUCCGUGUCAUAAUUGUACUGUAGACUGAACGGAUAGUGCUAGUCAUGUGUUUGUUAUGCAUGUUUUCUGUCUGCAGAAAGAAACAACAAACAUUCAUAUUUUGACAAUGACUAAUGAACCUGUUGUGUUCAUAAAAUUGUUUAAUAGAAGUUUUAUUCAAGUAUUAAAUCACCUGUUUAGGAGAUCAUUUUAACAUGUAUGCUGUUUAUAAAAUGCCUUUUCAAAGCAUGCUAUUUUUAUAUGCUCAUGUUGUUCUGUAUAUAUAUGCUCAUUCUAGAUAUAAUAAAGGAAUAUGAGAGAAUUUGUUUUGUGUAAUUAAUAAGGUUUUACACAUUUUGUGUUACUGUUGAUCCGAUGUUUUGUAAAAUGUGCAUCUUGAAUUCAAGGCAACCAAACGUAUAAAUGUUAAGAAAUAAUUUUUUUUAAGUCUUAAGUUAAAAUAUAAAUUUAUGGCAUCUAAUUGAUAGAGAGGGUAAUCUUAUUACAAAUGCUUAUGUGUAUACUAUGCAGCCUGCAAGAAUGAGCCUGCUGGAAACUGUGGACAAAAUUAAGGACUACAUAUAAAUCGACACAUUUUAAACUUUACAUUUUAGUCUUUUACUAGUACAUUUUGAAUUUGUACAGCUAAGUUAUGUUUAGAGUUGCAACGUUUUGAAUAUUUGCACCUCAGACAUAUACUGAAAUAAAAAGUGAUGUUCUACACUUAUUUGUACAAGUAUGAAAUUGCACCUCUUGAUUUCUUUUUCAAAGACAUUUACAUUGCUGUUGAUGAUUCGCAUCUUUGUAUCAUGAAAUUGUGUGUUUUUGACUUUAAAAUCUACAUUUUACUCUUGUUUUGAGUACAGCCAAAAUUUCACAUACUGUAGCAGAAAGAUGAUGAUUUAUGAAUAUGUAAUUUCUGUUAUAUCUUAACCAGGGGUAAAUUGGAAUAGGGAAUCUUAUUUAUUUUUGGACAAUUCUCACUGACCGAUAUGUGUUGGAAAGUUGUCAUUUGCACACGGAAUUGUAAAUUACCUUUUUGAUUUAAUAUUUUAUUUUGUGUGAUAAUACUUUUGCAUAAUUUCUGUCACCAAAAAAUCAAAAUAGAUAGAGAUUAUAGUAGCAAAAACUUAGUAAAUUAUUUACUCAGCGAUAAUUAACAGUAUUUAUGUGAAGACUGUGUGUUAGUUGUUUCUUUUACUUUGCAUUGAAAGAUUUUGUUAUUGAUUUUAUCAUUUAUAAAGUUGUAGUAGAUAUAAAUGAAGUAGAAUUGACAGUUAUAUAAAAGUAACCAUAAUCCAGACUCCUGUCUAACAGAGGUCUAACACUGUUAGAAUUUUAGUUGGAGGAGUUUGGGUUCAAACUCGUGACUCUUAAGAUAGUCAGUUGUCUUGAGCCUCAGAUUGACUGGACACAUUUAACUGGCUGCACUUGCACUGAAAACUUUCUGACUAAAAUAGAUUUCCCAAUUUAAAAUAGGCAUAACCUAGAGGCAAUCUGUGUUCAAAGAUAUAAGAAGAAGCAACUGCUGUAGACUCUGCCAACAAGGACAGAGCUGUUCUUGAAAUAAAACUACAUAGUAAUGCAUACAAGAAAAACAGCUUGUAUAAUUAGUUUACUAUUAGGACUUUGAUAAGAUAGAACACAUUUACAAUUUGUUCGAUGUAUUCAACCAUUAUCCACAUAAUACCAUGAAUUAUUUUUAAUUAAUAGCUAGUCAGUUUUAAAGGUACUAUAGAUUUGUUAACAUAACAUUUAAUGUAAUUGAACAUGUUUUCUGUAAAUAUAAAUUAUCUUAUUUCAUAAAUGAAUUCUCACAGAAUGACAGAUAGAAUAAAAUGUCAUAUAGAUGUUAAUACUAUUACUUAUUGGACUGAUACUUCUUGAUUAAUGAUAACUAUGUGAAAAAAUAAUAAAACAUUACGAACCAA